AUGGCUAGCGACGCUCGCAGGUUCAAGCCGGAGUUGGUCGAAUCAUCAUCUCGGUCGAGAAGAUCACAGAAUACACACCACGCAGACAAGUCGCGUGCGCCAGUUAAUUCACCGUCUUCUACAGCCUUGACAGACUCGUCGAUUGCAAAUGUAGACGAACGGAGGUUUACUGAUAAAGCAAUCACCUUGUCGACAGGUCCUGGAAAGCCGCGACGUUUCCUGCCACAACCGAUGGAAACGUCCUCGAGAUCGUCCAAGAAACAGUCCGAUGCUCCAAGACAUAGCCACGGCAACGAAGGUUUAAUCCAUCUCCCAGGUGCGCCAUGGAUGGGGAAUAACUUACCUAGCGGACAGCGCGCUCGCCCGUUACCUCAGCCUGUGGAGAACAAUUCGGAACCUGGGAAGGAAACAACCAAGGUAGUCAACAGUGCGAGAGCCCCCAGACGGUUCUUCCCCGAGCCCGUUGAGACAAUGAAGUUGAGUAGGCGACAUCUCGCUAAAACCGAUGAACACGAGGCAAGCAGUAGCCCGGGCCAGAAUAUCAGCACUUGCCAAACGACACCGCGCAAGUUUGCUCCUCAGUUAAUCGAAACUGGAACGCGGUCUGUCCGUAGAGCGGAGACCUUACCCAUUCCAGGUUCUCCUAGAGUUCUCGAUGAUUCUUUUCCUGCUAAUAGCCCGCCACUUCAACCACACUCUCCUCCCGCAUCAAGGAGCCAGCAGAUUGUUGCAGCAAAUGAAUUGUCUAUGGUGCCAGCAGAAUCUCGCUUCUCAUAUGCGAGCUUGUUGCAACAACAAGAGGGCAGACGGCAUUCGUUUCGUGUUCCGGAUCUGCCCGCUAUUCCAUCGAAUAGUAGUGAAUCCUCAGAUGAUUCUGGAACACCGUCGUUAUCUACCACACCGUCGGACUCGUCAGAAGGCAGCACCCGCAAUCGAUUCAUAGCAAAGACCCGAUCUAGAGAAAGCUGUGACGAGCGCUUUUCUGGUUAUCUUCUCUCACUGGCAGCACGUAGUGCCGAAAAGGAGCUUCGGGACCAAGCGUUGGCAGCAUUCCCAAAUGAACAAGUCCACCAACCAGUCGCUCAUUUCGCCAUUGACGGCGACGAAGAGUUCGGGAAUGAGGACGACGAGAUCAUGGCUGUCGAGCCACAGAUAGUUAGCAGGAUACGUCCCUUGCUUCGUCGCGGAUCAACCGCUGACUUGCCAUGGGAACUGGAGCAAAUGCGACGGCACAAGGAGAAAGCUGAGAUGAAGAACCUUGGCGUCAAGAAAAUUGACGCUCAUGAGUCGAAAUUUUCAGCUGCCGCUAUAGCUUCCAGACAACCGAAGAUACCAGAAAACGAAGCCGCCGUUUUCCCUGCGUGGCGGCGAGAUAUCGAACUGGUCCAGAUGCGACAUGCAGCUAGUCCACCAAUGCUUGGUGAUGACAUUGUCUUCCCCUUCAGCGUGUCUCCUCAGGGGACCGCCACCGAAACCGACCAUUUGCAUAUUAACCAUACGGAUUCAGAGACCGCAGGUGACGCAGACCAUGGAGGCGGUCUCUGGACCGAUCAUAUGCACGCCGAGCAUGAAGAAACGCCGGGUCUAUGGAUGGGUCUCUGCCUCAAAGAUGGAGAGGACGAAGAAGAUUCACAUUUACCCCGUACUAGAACCGGGAUUGCCACUCCAAGACCUGCUUCUGGUUUGAGGUCCACUUUUGACAGUGAUAACAUGGUUGAUGAUGAAGUUUUAUCUGUGUCGGACAUCUCGGAGAUGUCUUCUGAUCCAUUGGAUGCAAUGGAUGUUGAGCCUGAUGAAGAUAACGCCAUAGAGCGUGAGUUUCACGAUGGAUUCGUAACCCAGGUCUACAAUUAUUUAUCACUGGGAUACCCAUCCUUAGCGCGCUACUUUGACCAUGAAUUGAGCAAAAUAUCUGGUAUACCAGUCUCAGACCUGAGAAAAGAUGACCUCCUCGCCGAUGCAAAAGGGUAUGUUGUCUGUGUUACUUCGGACAAGAACGGUAACACAUCUGCAACCCCUGAGAACUGCAUGCGAUGGAAAGCAUUGAAACUAUAUAUACACGAAUGGGCUAGACAACAGUCUGGAACGGGAAUUUUUAAUGACGAAGAGCUUGACGCGUGGGGAGUCAUAGAGAGGAGAGGAAGUUGGGCGAUUUAG